AACUGAUGCUCUGGGCGGACGCGCGGAUACGGCUGAUCGGUCACUCCGCCCAUACCGCCACCUGUGGCAGUGAAUGUACACUACACUGUCGUCGUGUCGUCGUCGUCGAAACCUAUGAAGGUUUGAGCAAGCAUCCAGCAUGAUUAAUAAAUGCAGGUGAAUGCACUCGUUAAUGCAAAUGCGUUUAUGAGUUCCUGGUGCGAAUACCGCGUAUAUAAAUACGAUAACGACUCGUUGGUAAAUCAGUGUAUUCACACACUUGCGCUCUUGCUAUUUCUCUUGUGUUUUGUAGUACGUAAACACUUUUUUUGACUUUACAAUUUUACUUGUAUUUUUUUUUACGAUAAAUAAUAAUGAACAAUUCUAUCGAAGACAGCAGUUCAGCAGCCGCAGCAGCUCAAGAAUCGCAAGAGAUUUUCGAUUCGUCCAACGACGAAGUCUUGGACGUUUUUACACAGGAGAAUCCACGUUCAGAGGUAGAAUCGGCGAAACGCGAACUCUUUGUCGAUCCUUGUUGGUCCGAAGAGGUUCGUACAUAUAAAAACCUGUUCUUGCAUUCGGCAUGGAAAGACGUGAAGGAGUUGAUGGGCAAACAAGAAACGAUGGACGUAACAGACUUGAUAAUGGCUUUGUCGGCGUGUUUGCACGUCUCCGGCGACGCCGAGUUGUUGCCAGUCCAUAUCCUUCUGUUGUAUCUGGCCAACAAUUAUCAUUAUGGGACAAUAACUCCAAUGGGACUAACCAAGUUAUUGCAGAAGUUUCCACCACCUCAGCUUUGGAAAGACACUAUAGUACAGACGGCUCUNACAGUUAUGGAAAGACACACAAGUACAGACGGCUCUCUCCACCUCAACCGGCACUAUCUCGCUCCUGGAGGCCCUGCGUGGCGCGGCGGCGCAAUUCUCGAGGACAUUGACAACUGGCUGGCAGAACAAGCCAUUGGUGGACUUGAUUCUAUCGUGGAGGACCUGGAGAGAGGAUUGCGUUACUGCAUCACGCGGGGCUCGAAUGUCGACAUUGUCAUCAUUGCGAGGCAUGAUGACCACAUCCACGUCAACCACGUCUGCACCAGCUCCAACUCCAGCUGCAGAUGUUCAUGGUUGCGUGGAAGUGAGUCCUACAGGACGUUCCGAAAACCACAAUUGGCGCGAAAUGUUCGAGCGGCUGACAUCGACACCGCGGGAUGGACGAAUGUCCUACGAUAUUUCACUAGCGGUGGCCGACGUGUCGAGCGCCUUAUCGUUGGAAGUCGAACCCGACGAUCUCCUGUGGGAGCUGAAAUGUUACAGGAGACGGGACGUCCGCGGUCUAGACAAGUCGGAAUGGUGGAAGAGGGCUCAUCUGAAAAUGACGGGAACUUGUGCGGAGAGCCUUUCGGAGCAGGGUCGGCUGAUAGACCGGUUGGUUGCCUCAGUGACGCGGCAGUUGUCCGACAACCCGGCAACGCGCCGCAAGAAGCUCGUCAAGUACGACAAGAGAUAGUCGACCUGCUCCUCAAGACUGGCGGUUCUGCUGACGGCACUAUUCUUAAAGGUCGUAAACGAAAACAAAGGGAAAUAGAGAUUUUAAUUAGACUGUACCCUACAUGCCCCAUUAAUGCGGUUAAUAAAACAUUAGAAUUCAUUAAUAAUAUUCAUACUAAAUAUAUUCCUGGUUCCGAUAAAGAUCUAGCCGUAAUUAUUAAAAAUUGGUCCGUCAUAUUGAAUCAGUGGAGCGUACAACAGUUUUGGGAUUAUUAUUCUUCACCGGGUGUUCGGCCGUAUUUUAACUUGUACGCAUUUACAAACUGUAAGUCGUCAUUUUAUUAUACACCGGCCGAGUCGUUGGAAAUCGCCGUCCAACUACUACACUUUCAGUUCGACGGCGAUCUCGAACGAAUACAUAAAUUUAUGUACGAUUUAUUCGAUGUGGUGGAGAAGAACGUUCCAAAACGUAAUACGCUUUCUGUAUUAUCGCCCCCAAAUGCCGGUAAAAAUUUUUUCUUCGACGCUGUAUGUUCCUAUUUUUUAAAUUACGGCAUUAUUUCAACGCUCAACAAACACUCGCCGUUCGGUUAUCAAGACAUGGACAACAGGCGGCUAGUUCUAUGGAACGAACCCAACUACGAGUCCAACGAGACCGAAACGCUGAAAAUGUUGUUGGGCGGUGAUAGUGCUAAAAUUCGAGUAAAAUAUUUGGGGGAUCAGGACAUACAGGGUCCUCCAGUAAUUAUUCUCACUAAUCACUUUAUUCCUUUGUUUUCUGAUCCGGCCUUUGAGAGUAGAAUUUGUCAGUACGAAUGGAAGGCUGCACCUUUUCUGCGACAAUACAAAGGAAAACUUAACCCGAAAAUGUUUUACUUACUUUUACAGAAAUUUAAAUUAUUAUAAAUGUGUAUAUAUAUGUAAAUAAUAA